AUUAGUAAACUGUCCUUGUUACCAUAAAAAAUUAUAAUCUCCUUAAAUACCAUAUAAUGAUGCUGUCAACUGCUAAUGACUAUGAUACACAGAGUAUAUAUGCGUUUUUCCAGAUUUUUUUUCCAAAAAAAAAGUCUAGACUAAUAUGGAGCAUGAUACCAUUAGUAAAGAUUUCAAGCUUUGAAUAUGUAUGAUGACCAUGUUUUAUUUUUUCAGUACGUUUGCAGAACUCUGUGAUACCUCUCAGAAAGUUCCUGUAGGAACACUGGUGGAGCAAUUUUUGGACCUUCAUCUAAGUAUGCAGAGAGCUGGAAAAGUUGUCAAUUCCUUACAGAGCAUAACACUUGCUGAAGCUAAGUCAAAUGGUUAUUGUAGCCUACAGCGUUCAUUGCCAGAUGCAUGUAAAAGUUUCACUGAUAAGAAUGCCACGUCUUGGGUUCAAGCUGCGGUAAGGACUAAUCUUUCCAAGUUCAAUCUUUUCAGAAUGCAAGAAAAGAGUAGUCUUCAAAAUGGUGAGAAAUGUCAUUAUGUCAUCAUAGAUAAGAAUCCAGAGGAAUUGAAUUCAGAAAGUAAUUCUCCUCAAGAUAAACAAAGUCAUAGAAAACAUGGAAGCUCUUUAUCAGAAUCAAAUGCAAAGCAGAUGCCAUCUCCUUCACAACGUCAUUCAACAAAGAAAACAAAUACUCUAAGGGAGGACUGUUCUAAGGGAAGUAGACUAAAAGAGACAGCAACUUUGGCUGAAAAAUUGCUCUUGGUUUCUCGUGAAUGGUUCUUGAAGUAUUUGGAGGAUUCGUUAAAUGUGGGAUUUGAGCAAAGCAGAGAGGAAGAAAGAUCUGAAAUUGCGUAUCUUCUCGGGCAACUUAAAAGGGUGAAUCAGUGGUUGGAUGACCUAGUUGGGGGUGGAGUUGAGGUUGAUGAGAGGAUAGAUGACUUGAGAAAGAAGUUAUAUGGGUUCCUAUUAGAGCAUGUUGAUUCCACCAUUGUUUCCACUAAUUAGAUACAUACCACAAGAACUAACAGUGAUUACACUAUCAACCACAAAUUUCUUGUCCAGGUAGGGGUUUACUGCCGAGAGUUUUACAGCACAAAGAAUAUGGUAUUUUUGCCCUGGAGUUAUAUCACAGGAUGUCCUAUGACUAUCACAGAAUUUUUGUAAUGACUGAAACAUGUGCUAUAUCAUUGAAAUGUAUAGUUGACCUCCAUGUAGGUCUCUGCUAAAUUUUUUAUCCGCCAUUUGGAUCACAGUUAUUACCUUAUUUGUCCUUUUUCCAAAAUGUGGUUCUUUCA